AUGCCUCCGCCCUCCGCCACCGCGCUCUUCGCUCUCUGCUCCUUCCCCGGCAACCGCAGCCGGGCGGUCGAGUGCGGCGCCGUCUCCGCUCUCCUUCGGAGCGCGGAUUCGGGGCUGGAGAGGAGCGUAGAGAUUAUCGGGGUUUUGGCAAAGUGUAAGGAGGGGAGGGAGCAGAUGGUACGGUUUGGCGAGUGCGUGCAGAUUCUUGCUGGUGUGUUGAGGAAUGGAAGCUCCAGGGGAGUUCGGAUGAUAAUGCCAAGGUCAAGAGGAAUUCCUCAUGUUUGAUUCACCUUCUCCGUCAACACCCAUUGGUUGAAUUGAGAUAACGAGUCUGUGAAUGGAUGUCAGCUGGAUCAUUCAACGUCAAUAUAAAUACUCAUAUUG